GCAGGUCCCACCUCAACAGCCCAGAGCCCAACUAUUAUUUAUAAGCAGUAUAUGCUAUAGAAAACUGCUCCACUUUUUCUUUACACCAGCCCUGAUAAUUCUCGCCCCUUUGGGUUAUUUUCUGCAGUCGGCUCAAUGUGAAGAGGAAGCAACAACUUGUGUUCUCAGAAUCUUCUCCGGAGGGUCCGGUUCCCCUCAGUCCCCUGAAUCUGCUGACACUUCUGCUUUCUGUCCAUUGUGUAAUUCAUGUUUGUGAUUUUCGAUUUCCAGCUGCAGAACUUCUCCCAAUCUCGGAAUCCUACCCAAAGUCCAGACUGCAAGGAGGUGCUAUGGACCCCGGAGGAGCUUUGAUCUUCUUCUGUAUUUUCCUAUUAUCACUCCCGUUUUGUGAAGCUCAGAGCUGCCAAGCUCGAAUGCCAGGGCUUCACGGAAUACCCGGAACUCCUGGUGCAAAUGGAAAGGAUGGAGUUGAUGGAGAGAAGGGAGAUCAGGGCCCUCCUGGAACCAUUGUUGGCUGGAAUGAAGAAGAACAAAGAGGAGAUCCUGGUCAGACUGGAAAUCCAGGGAAAGUGGGGCCAAAAGGACCAAUGGGUCCCCCAGGUCAACCUGGGUCCAGAGGUCUAAAAGGCUUGAAAGGAGAAUCUGGAGAUUACAAGACUGACGAGCAUGCUGCUUUCUCAGUAAAGAAGACCACCUCAGGGAGCCUACGCAAGGAUCAGCCCAUUCGCUUUGAAAAAGAGAUCAUCAACGUGAACAAACAGUACGAAGUCCGCACUGGAAAGUUCACCUGUCAGUAUCCAGGUAUCUACUACUUCACGUAUCACGUCUCAUCCAGGGGAGACCUCUGCCUCCACAUUGUCAAGGGGAGAUUCAAUAGUGAGCCAAAGAAGAUCGUCCUGUUCUGUGACCAGGUCUACAACAUCUACCAGACCACCACGGGUGGUGUCGUGCUGAGGGUCAGCAAGGGUGAGAGUGUCUGGCUAGCGGCCACUGAAAAGAAUAAUCUGCUGGCCACUGUGGGGAGUGAUAGUAUAUUCUCUGGCUUCCUUCUCUUCCCAGAGUCUUAAGACUGACAAGGAGGACAUUUUUUGGCUUCCAAGACACCACUGACGUCCAGGGUGCAAAGCAAUGUGUCCUGCUUAUAUUGUGUUGGUGCUUCUGUUGACUGCUUGUACUAUUAUACUAUGCACAGUAGACUGAAUUGUAGACUCUAUAAUGUGUCUUUCUAUAUGGCCAAUUCCACCCAUUUCCUCUUCUGAAAAUGUCACAGCUUUAUCAUAAAAAUAAGGUAUGUCAGCAACAUAUCCAAGUCCUGUGACAACUCCACCCAGCCUAUCCAUGUCCUGUGACAACUCCACCCAGCCUAUCCAUGUCCUGUGACAACUCCACCCAGCCUAUUCAUGUCCUUUGACAACUCCACCCAGCCUAUCCAUGUCCUGUGACAACUCCACCCAGCCUAUCCAUGUCCUGUGACAACUCCACCCAGCCUAUUCAUGUCCUGUUACAACUCCACCCAGCCUAUCCAUGUCCUGUGACAACUCAACCCAGCCUAUCCAUGUCCUGUGACAACUCUACCCAGCCUAUCCAUGUCCUGUGACAACUCCACCCAGCCUAUUCAUGUCGUGUGACAACUCCACCCAGCCUAUCCAUGUCCUGUGACAACUCCACCCAGCCUAUUCAUGUCCUUUGACAACUGUACCCAGCCUAUCCAUUUCCUGUGACAACUCCACCCAGCCUAUCCAUGUCCUGUGACAACUCCACCCAGCCUAUUCAUGUCCUGUUACAACUCCACCCAGCCUAUCCAUGUCCUGUGACAACUCCACCCAGCCUAUUCAUGUCCUGUGACAACUCCACCCAGCCUAUUCAUGUCCUGUGACAACUCCACCCAGCCUAUCCAUGCACUGUGACAAAUCGCCCCAGCCUAUUCAUGUCCUGUUACAACUCCACCCAGCUUAUCCAUGUCCUGUUACAACUCCACCCAGCCUAUCCAUUUCCUGUGACAACUCCACCCAACCUAUCCAUGUCCUGUUACAACUCCACCCAGCCUAUCCAUGUCCUGUGACAACUCCACCCAGCCUAUUCAUGUCCUGUGACAACUCCACCCAGCCUAUUCAUGUCCUGUGACAACUCCACCCAGCCUAUUCAUGUCCUGUGACAACUCCACCCAGCCUAUUCAUGUCCUGUGACAACUCCACCCAGCCUAUCCAUGCACUGUGACAAAUCGCCCCAGCCUAUUCAUGUCCUGUUACAACUCCACCCAGCUUAUCCAUGUCCUGUUACAACUCCACCCAGCCUAUUCAUGUCCUGUUACAACUCCACCCAGCCUAUCCAUGUCCUGUUACAACUCCACCUGGCACAGCAAUGUCCAGCAACUUUACCUGUAAAAGUAAUUUGACCCGGAGAUGCUAAGACACUUUUUUACUGCUGUUUUAACAAACUUUGCAUAAUGUAAUAGAAUAAACUAUUACAAGAAAUGUUGUGCUGUAUGUUAUGAGAGAAAACUUCCCCUUUCUCGACUUACCAGGCUCCAUUCCUGCUCAUCCAAAUCUUAUCAUCCU